CUCCUUCACUUUCUGUAUCGAUCCAUCCGAAAACCACUACAAAUUCAUCUCUCACUCUUCCUGCACUCGGACCUCAAUUCCUCCUCUUCAUUUCUCCCGUCCUCGCACAAUCGAGAAUCCCCAAGAACACCCUAACUCAGUAAAGAAAUCUGCGCAUUUUCAACAAUGGCAGCCUCGAGAUCCUCGACGCCGUUGCUGAAAGAUGAGCUAGACAUAGUGAUUCCCACCAUCAGAAACCUUGAUUUCUUGGAGAUGUGGAGGCCGUUUUUCCAGCCUUACCAUCUAAUCAUUGUGCAGGACGGUGAUCCGUCCAAGACUAUCAAAGUGCCCGAUGGCUUUGAUUAUGAGCUCUACAACAGGAAUGACAUUAACAAGAUUCUGGGUCCCAAGGCAAACUGCAUUUCCUUCAAGGAUUCCGCUUGCCGAUGCUUCGGUUACAUGGUCUCCAAGAAGAAGUACAUUUUCACCAUUGAUGAUGAUUGCUUUGUUGCUAAGGAUCCGUCCGGCAAGGAAAUUAAUGCACUUGAGCAGCACAUUAAGAACCUUUUGAGCCCAUCAACUCCAUUUUUCUUCAAUACCCUUUAUGACCCCUACUGUGAGGGUACAGACUUUGUCCGUGGAUAUCCUUUCAGUCUCCGUGAAGGAGUACCUACUGCUGUGUCGCAUGGCCUUUGGCUCAACAUCCCCGAUUAUGAUGCUCCCACCCAGCUCGUCAAGCCACUUGAGAGGAACACUAGGUAUGUUGACGCAGUUAUGACUGUUCCAAAGGGAACCCUAUUCCCAAUGUGUGGUAUGAAUCUGGCCUUCAAUCGGGAACUAAUCGGCCCAGCAAUGUACUUCGGACUAAUGGGCGAUGGCCAGCCCAUCGGACGCUACGACGAUAUGUGGGCUGGCUGGUGCACCAAGGUGAUCUGCGACCACCUAGGUUUAGGAGUCAAGACCGGUUUGCCUUACAUUUGGCACAGCAAAGCAAGCAACCCAUUUGUGAAUCUUAAGAAAGAAUACAAGGGUAUCUACUGGCAAGAGGAGCUAAUACCGUUCUUCCAAUCUGUCACCCUUCCCAAGGACUGCACCACAGUCCAAAAAUGCUACGUCGAACUCUCCAAGCAAGUGAAGGCGAAGCUCGGUAAGGUGGACGACUACUUCAAUAAGCUGGCGGAUGCUAUGGUUACAUGGAUUGAUGCAUGGGAUGAGCUCAACCCCUCAGGAUCCUCCGGUAAACUCGCAAAUGGCGCUGCCAAGUAAAAAGAUUAAAUGUUGGUCGAAAUUACUUUCAGAUAGAACAGUCUUGUGUUCAAGCUCAUGUUGAAAGCUUGGAUAGAUUAAAUUUUUCGAACCACAUAAUUAUUACUAGUUUCUCACUCGAUCAAAUUUUAUGAUAAAGUUCUUUGUUUGUAUAAUGUAGAUGGCUUCUGCUAUCUUUUGUCAUAGAGCAGUGCUUUAUGAGAUGACCUUGUUUUGUUUUAUUUCCAAAUGGUUAGUUUUAGUUUUAUAGUAUUGAUGAACUUUUCGUGG